CGCGUCGGUUCAAAGAAAAUUCCAAAAGUAGUUCUACAUUUCGACGAUAUAGAUAAAAGAAGAAAACCAUGAAGAAAACAACAAUUACCAACCCUAAACUCAUAUCAACAUAGCUUAAACUUAAAGCCUUCCUUAAACCUAGUCCAAAACAUUAAACCGAUAAAACCGGAGUCCAAACCGGACAAUAUCAUCUCCUUUCUUUCCUAAUUAAUAAAAAGCCACCCAGAAAAUUCCAAACCCUCUCUCUCUCCCUCAUCUCCGUCUCUGCGCGCAUGAUCGCAAUAGUGUUCCACUAUCCGCCGCCCGUGACUCUCUAAUGGUCCGUGACUUGUAAUCCAUUUUCAAUUUCAUUUUAAUUUUGCCUUUUUCAUUAACUACUUUCCAUAAACACACACACACAUAUAUAUAUACACACACACAUCCUUCUCCAAAUGCCUUCGUCAAAACCACUCCACAACCCUCUCUUCUCCUCCUCCUCCUCCCUCAAAUCUCACCGGAAAAAACUCCAAAUCCGCUGCCUCUGUCUCUUACUCACCGCCAUGUCCUCCAUCCUCAUCCUCCUCCUCUCUCUCUCCCUCUUCACCUCUCCAUCUUCCUCCUCCUCCUCCUCCUCCUCUCAGAUCCCUCUCGCCUGCAAAGCCACUCGUUACCCAAACCAAUGCAUCUCCUCCCUAUCCCCACCGGGUCGGGUCCCCCCGGAUCCGACCCCAACACAGCUCAUCCACUCAGCGAUCUCCGCCUCUCUCCAAACCCUAAAAACCGCCCAAUCGAAAGUGAAGUCCAUCCUCGACUCCUCCGCAGGGAAUCUCGACCGAACCAACGCAGCGAACACGUGUCUCCAGUAUCUCUCUUACUCCGAGCGCCGCACGCAAUCGACGGAUCAGGCGUUGACACGUGGGGGAUUAAAAGACGCCCGCGCGUGGCUCAGCGCUGCUCUCGUUUACCAGUACGAUACUUGGUCCGCGCUCAAGUACGUGAACGACACUAAACAGGUCGGCGAAACGAUGUCGUUUUUAGACGGACUUAUCCACGUCACCAGCAACGCGCUUAGCAUGAUGGUGUCGUUAGAUAAUUUCGGGGACGACGUGGCGUCGUGGACUCCUCCGAGAACGGAACGGGAUGGUUUUUGGGAGAAAAUGAAUGGGCCGGGUUUGGGCCGGUCGGAGGCUAAUUUGGGUUUCCCUUCCGGUUUAAAAGAAGACGUUACGGUUUGUAAAACCGGAAAAUGCGGUUACAAGACCGUCCAGGACGCCGUUAACGCGGCGCCUGAUGAUAACGGAGCGGUUAAGUUCGUUAUAAAGAUCAGCGAAGGAGUUUAUGAGGAGACCGUUAGGAUUCCGUUUGAGAAAAAAAAUGUUGUCUUCAUCGGUGAUGGUAUGGGCAAAACGGUCAUUACAGGUUCGUUAAACGCCGGUAUGCCUGGGAUCACCACUUACAACACUGCUACUGUCGGAGUGGUAGGAGAUGGGUUCAUGGCACGUGACCUAACGUUCCAGAACACUGCUGGACCAGACGCUCACCAAGCUGUAGCCUUUAGAUCCGACAGUGAUUUUUCUCUGUUAGAGAAUUGUGAGUUUCUUGGGAACCAAGACACACUCUACGCACAUGGACUUCGUCAGUUCUACAAUAAAUGUCGUAUCCAAGGGAACGUUGACUUCAUCUUCGGAAACUCAGCUUCUGUGUUUCAAGACUGUGAGAUUCUAAUCGCUCCGCGUCAACUUAAACCCGAGAAGGGAGAGAAAAACGCUGUUACUGCUCAAGGAAGAGUGGACCCGUCACAGUCAACGGGGUUUGUGUUCUUGAACUGUUUGAUAAACGGAACGGAGGAGUAUAUGAAGUUGUAUAAAGCUAAGCCUAAGGUGCAUAAGAAUUACUUGGGGAGGCCUUGGAAAGAGUUCUCGAGGACUGUGUUUAUAGGAUGCAAUUUAGAGGCUUUGAUUAUUUCUGAUGGGUGGUUACCGUGGAGCGGGGGUUUUGCGCUCAAGACGCUGUAUUAUGGUGAAUCUAAGAACACGGGUUUAGGAUCUGAUAGGUCAAAAAGGGUUUUGUGGAGCAGUGAGAUUCCAGAUGAGCAUGUUCAUGUGUAUUCGGUGGCUAACUUUAUUCAAGCAGACGAGUGGGGGUUGUCUGUUUGAAUCUAGUUAAGACUGAAAAGGGUUUAAGAGAAAGCUUCAUUGUACUUUAGUUGCGAGCGUUUGGACCAGUUAAUAUCAAUUGAAAUUUUAGAUCUUUAGGGGUAAAAUCAAACAAGUUUCAAACUUUUGGAGGAAACAGCUAUAUUUGCUUUUCAUUGAAUGUAGCUAUCAAACUUUGGCGUGUUGGGGUAAAAUCAUAAAUGGGUAUGGAGGAGAAUCUCUAAUUGCAAGCGGGGAAGCGUCUGAUGUUUUCUUGCUUGACUUUAAAGCAAAGUUUGUUGUUAUAAGAAAACAAAAUUCGCAAAAGUUUUCAACGAGGUAGACAUCAUUCUCAUCAUCAUUUUCAAUGUUUUGAGAGCUGGCUUUAAAAGUAAGAAGAGUGUAGGUAGCAGAAACAGG